CAACUACAGCUGACAGCUGCCGGCAACCCUUUACUCCCCUUCCCAUAAUGGAUACAGCAAAGAACUGGAUACUAUCAAGUGGACUAGCAGCAUGUACAUCACAUGCUAUCCAUCAUCCUCUCUACACUCUCAAAUCUCAAAUGAUGUUCCAUGGCCACAACUUUCACGGCUUACGUGCAUUUGUGAAGCAAGCUGUAGACUCUCCACCAUUCCUUUACAGAGGUCUGGUACCAAGGAUGAUUGCGAUCAUGCCAGAGAAGAUCAUGAAGAUGUAUGCCUGGGACUUGAGUAGAGAAUACAUCUCAAAUAAGUAUCCAGAAGCAAAAUAUACCAAAUGGAUAAUUGCAGGAGGGAUUGCAGGGGCGGCAACAACAGUAGUAGGCUGCCCUUCAGAAAGAAUUAUGGUCCUUUCACAAGUGAGGAAGCAAGGAGUUGUGCAAGUCAUGAAGGAUCAAGGAUUAAAAGGAAUUACUAAAGGAUGGACUGCAACACUAUACAGAGACAUUCUAUUCAACAUAACUCUAUUCACUACAAGAGAAAUGUUUAUAGAGCAGUACAAGAGUAAGACAGGGAAGACUGACCUCCAUAUGCUGGAACGCAUAGCAUUGGGUUUUGUGCCAGGCUGCCUGGCAGCAGCAAUUGGCUGUCCUCAUGAUGUAGUGAAGACAAGAAUGCAAGGAGCUAAAUUAGAUACUCCAUAUCGAAGCUGCUCUACAAUAUUCUUUGAUAUUCUACGAAAUGAGGGACCCCGCAAUCUAAUGAAAGGACUGAUACCAAGACUGGUUGCUGUACCAAGUAUGAUGGCUUGUUUUGUUGCUUUCGAUGAAGAAUUUAAGAAGCGUAUUAAGUUCUAAUCAAUAUCAUUUAUAUGUGUCUGUGUCGAUAUUGCAAAAUAACGCGUUUGUUAUGUUAAAAGGUCACA